AGCUGCACUACCUAUCGCGAGAUUCUGCGAGGUGAUAAGUUGAAGAAACAUGGCGACGUCUAAUUUGUUAAAGAAUAAGGGCUCCCUGCAGUUCGAGGACAAGUGGGAUCUGAUGCGUCCCAUCGUUCUCAAGCUGCUCAGACAGGAAGCCGUCACCAAGCAACAGUGGUUCGAUUUGUUCUCAGAUGUCCACGCCGUGUGUCUAUGGGAUGAUAAAGGACCAGCCAAGAUCCACCAAGCCCUCAAAGAGGACAUCCUAGACUUCAUCAAACAAGCACAGGCUCUGAUGUUGGACACGUGGAACGAGUCGAUCUUCUCCAACAUUAAGAGCCGCCUUCAGGACAGCGCCAUGAAGCUGGUGCACGCCGAGAGGCAGGGCGAGGCCUUCGACUCCCAGCUCGUUAUCGGAGUGCGAGAGUCGUACGUGAACCUGUGUUCUAACCCAGAGGACAAGCUGCAGAUCUACAGGGACAACUUUGAGAAAGCCUACCUGGACUCCACAGAGAGGUUUUACAGGACGCAAGCACCGUCCUACCUGCAACAAAAUGGCGUCCAGAACUACAUGAAAUAUGCGGAUGCAAAGCUGAGAGAAGAGGAGAAGAGAGCCCUUAGAUAUCUAGAGACGCGUCGUGAAUGUAACUCUGUUCAAGCACUCAUGGAGUGUUGUGUGAACGCUCUCGUGACCUCGUUCAAAGAGACCAUCUUAGCCGAAUGUCCAGGGAUGAUCAAACGGAACGAGACAGACAAGCUGCACUUGAUGUUUUCGCUGAUGGACAAGGUUCCCAGCGGGAUCGAGCCCAUGCUGAAAGACCUGGAAGAACAUAUCCUCAACGCUGGACUAGCAGACAUGGUGGCUGCUGCCGAGACUAUCACUUCAGACUCUGAGAAGUACGUGGAGCAGUUGUUGACCUUGUUUAACCGCUUCAGUAAGCUGGUUAAAGAGGCCUUCCAUGACGAUCCUCGCUUCCUCACAGCAAGAGACAAGGCUUACAAAGCUGUUGUCAAUGACGCCACCAUCUUCAAACUGGAGCUUCCACUGAAACAGAAAGGUGUGGGUAUGAAGACUCAGCCAGAGUCCAAGUGUCCUGAGCUGCUGGCGAACUACUGUGACAUGCUGCUGAGGAAAACUACUCUCAGCAAGAAACUUACGUCAGAGGAAAUCGAGCUCAAACUCAAAGAAGUGCUCUUGGUGUUGAAAUACGUCCAGAAUAAAGACGUGUUCAUGCGUUACCACAAAGCUCACCUGACCAGGCGCCUGAUUCUGGACAUCUCAGCGGACAGCGAGAUUGAAGAGAACAUGGUGGAGUGGCUGAGAGAAGUAGGAAUGCCGGCCGACUACGUGAACAAGCUGGCCAGGAUGUUUCAGGACAUCAAGGUCUCGGAGGACCUCAAUCAGGUUUUCAAAGAGAUGCACAAACACAACAGGCUAGCACUGCCAGCGGACAGUGUGAACAUUAAGAUCUUGAACGCCGGAGCGUGGUCCCGAAGCAGUGAGAAGGUUUUUGUCUCGCUGCCCACGGAGCUGGAGGACCUGAUCCCCGAGGUGGAGGACUUCUACAAGAGGAAUCACAGUGGACGCAAACUCCACUGGCAUCACCUCAUGUCCAACGGCAUUAUCACCUUUAAAAACGAGGUGGGCCAGUACGACCUGGAGGUGACGACGUUCCAGCUGGCGGUUCUGUUUGCCUGGAACCAGCGACCCAGAGAGAGAAUCACCUUCGAGAACCUCAAACUGGCCACAGAGCUGCCUGACGCAGAGCUCCGCCGCACACUCUGGUCUCUAGUGGCCUUCCCCAAGCUGAAGAGACAGGUGUUGUCUUACGAGCCUCCCGUCAGCUCGCCCAAGGACUUCACAGACAGCACGCUCUUCUACGUCAACCAGGAGUUCUCACUCAUCAAAAACUCCAAAGUCCAGAAGCGGGGAAAGAUCAAUCUGAUUGGUCGGCUGCAGCUGACCACAGAGCGAAUGAGGGAGGAGGAGAACGAAGGAAUCGUUCAGCUCAGAAUACUCAGAACUCAGGAGGCCAUCAUCCAAAUCAUGAAGAUGAGGAAGAGAAUCAGCAACGCCCAGCUGCAGACGGAGCUGGUGGAGAUCCUGAAGAACAUGUUCCUGCCUCAGAAGAAGAUGAUCAAGGAGCAGAUCGAGUGGCUCAUCGAGCACAAGUACAUAAAGAGGGACGAGACGGACCUCAACACCUUCAUCUACAUGGCCUAGGCACGGGCAGCGGGGGAGGGAGCGCUGUCUUGCUCCGUUCUUUUAUUUUAAUUUUAAACUCAUGGCCUGCAACGGGCGCUUUUAAAAACCCUGCGAGAGGAGAAGGAACAAAAGGAUGUGUGUGAAGAGAGGCAAUGAUACGUAGGGAGUGUGUUGAAGGACGAGGAAGAGCCUUUUCAACAAAAAAUGUGGAGAUACGUGUUUGUGGUUGUGAGACGCCGGUGUGUUAUUGACAGAGGAGUCGAGUCAUCGGCCUGUCUGCGUCUCUGCCGCCCUCGGGCGUCGAUCGGAGGGACGAGACGCCGUCUCCCAGCAGCCGAGACGAUAAAAUAUGACGACACGUGAUAGGGACGAUGACAUAAUUAAAUUAUAUACUUCCUGCCUUACUUUGUCAGCGACGGACUGCAGAGGAGGAACUGCGAGGAGGCCAAGGGAGGACAAAUGUCACAAGCUGAUAUCAAUCCUUUGCUUUCACUUGAUGCCACAGCUGCCAUCUUGGCGGCAGCCAUUAUGCAGCCCUCCUACUCUACCUUUGAACUGGGAAUGCAAAAAAAAAAAAAAAAAAAAAAAAAAGCCGCGACUGAAAGCUGCCAUUGAGGAGGAUCACACACGAAUGGAAAGAUUAGUUGCAACUACCGAGGAGUAUUUUGCCAAAUUGUGUGUGUGUGCGUGCGUGCGUGUGUGUGUGUGUUUGGGUGUGUGUGUGUUUGGGUGUGCAUCCGGUCUUUUUAGAUGUGUUUGCACUUUCGACAGCAUGCUGCUCUAUGAUGGAGUUUUUUUGUUUUGGAGGACCUGUCACAUUUUGGUUGUGUGUGUGAGAAGGUUGGGAAGUCAAGACCAGCCACCAUUUAAAUGCUGAUAUUUACCUUUUUUCUUUUUAUUAUCGUCUGUGGCAGGUUUGCCAGCAGGUGAACAAGUGUUGUCUGGAGAGCUCAUACUCAACAUGAUCAUACUGCAAACUAUUUAUUUUGUGUGUAAAGACUUGUGCUCUCAACACUGGGAGGUUAAAUACCAGCUGAACGCAUCAAGGACGGACGUACAGUAAAACAGAAACACAAAUACUUACAUAGACUAGAUUGGCGCUCCAGUACUCAACUUUCACCUCAUUAAUCCCUGAAGAGUGUCAGUACCAGGAGAGUGCUGUUAAACAACAGAAAUUUAGUUCAUUAAAGGGUUAGUUCAGAUGUUUUGAAGUGUGGUUGAAUGAGCUAUUUCUCGUAGUCAGUGUGUUAGCCACAGUAGACGGCGGUCGGCCCGCCCCCGGUUUGGGAAAGCAGUAGCACGACACGGAUGAGAAACCUAAAAAUAUAUAUAUAUGUUUAGUUCUACGCUUUAUUUAGAAUAUUCUGUACAGUUUUUACCUUGCUGAUCUGAAGCCGUUAUCUCUUCUCUCUUCAAAGCCUCCAGAACCCUUGUGACUAAAACGGGAGUUCCUCUUCCAUCGGUUACACAGUUUGUUAGUAUUUUAGUUUCUAGCACUUUCAAACACCAAAGUCACACAAACUAACUAACCAAGUGAGGUAGCGGUAGACCAGCAAAUGACUGUUUUUGUCAAAGGAGUCUGGUGGCUUCGAUGAAAGAACAGAACGGCUCACUUUCCCCUGUGUAAACUUAAACAGGGCUUCCGGUCGCCGGGUUGGUUCAGUGGUAGAGCGGGCGCACUUGUACUGAGAGGUUGAUGCCUCAACCGCAGAGGUCCCGGGUUCGAAUUUGACCUGUGACGAUUUCCUGCAUGUCUUCCCCCCCCUCUCUCCCCUCUCUCACCUAAUUGUCCUGUCAAAAAUUAAAGGCAGAAAAGCCCAAAAAAUAAUCUUAAAAAACAAAACAAACAGGGCUUCCUGACGUCAAGGUAGAAAUUCAGAAUAUAGCAUGCACUUAAACUGAUAUGGAUGUUUGUAGGUGUCUAAAAUGUGUUUAGCUGCCCCCCCCCCCCGACCACCGUCUACUGUCACUACCUCGGUGACUAUGGAGACGUAGCUCAUUCAACCACAAAACAUCUGGACUGUCCCUUUAAUGUUUAAAAUGAAUGUGCUGCUGUUUUGGGGGUAUUUUGUCUGCCAAGGAAAACACUGUCGGAGCUAUUGGUGGAGUUCAUAAAGCGCGUGCGCGUGUGCGUGUGUGUGUGCGUGUGUGUGUGUGUGUGUGUGACACUUAUCAACAGAAAUGUCACUCGUUGUCACAGUGAAUGUGUUGAAUCAAAGCAGCUGUUUGGUAACAUACCAGCCAUGUUUUUAUUGUCUUUAUGAUGAUGGUAACGAUGUGGUGGCUGUUUGAUUUUUUUUUUUUUUUUAUUCGUACAGUCUCAGUGGAGAAGAUGUACAGAACACUACGCUCAAGAUUGUCCUCUGAAGACUCAGUUCGGACUUAUCGCAAGUUAUUUUGAUUUCAUUCUCGAUGGCCAUGUACGCGUGUUGUGAGAAAAACAUUCAGCUAAAGCUGUAAUGCGAUGCUGCAGACGUCAGUCUGCAUCUUUAGUCCUUAAUUCGUUUUCUGCCUGUGUUACACUACGUUUUGUUACUCGUCCGAUUCUGAGUUUCAGCUAUUAGCAAUUAGCACUUUUCUACCUCUUCUACAGCUCUGACAACCUGCUCUGCCUCCUGAGCAACAGCUGCCCAGGGUCACGUGUUUUGCUAGCUGUUACCGCAUUUCAUACACACACACACACACACACACACACACACACACAGCGUUUUAAGUUACUGUUAGUCUAUAUCCUCUGCGUUCCCCUUCCUGGAUUGCUUUGGUGCUGCAGGAAAAACCACCGGAUGCAUGUCUCUUCUGCUUCCUUCCGCUUUGUUUGUGUUGGCGUUCUAACCUCUGGUGGAUUUCUGAGGACUAUGGUUACCUGGUCCUCAGGUCUCUGCAGGGUCAAUCCAGACCGCUAUCUAGACUAUCUGUCCAAUCUGAGGACUAUGGUUA